GCAUUCGCUGGUCAUACCGACACACCCGGCCUGGCUCGAGAAGAAUUCCCUAUCAGCUGUUGGUUUUCCCCGCCGCCUCCGAGCAUGACGAUAGGCAGACGAGGGACAGUCAGCAGCUAGACAGACACCAUCCUUCCCAGCAGCCCACUCGAGCUGCCUCUCUCCCACAGCUCGACCAGCCAGCGAAGCUCAUCCGCCAUGGACACCCUCAGGGGCAUCUUCCAGGCUUUCAACCCAGACGUCAAAGCCCACUCAUCAGCCAAGGCUUUCGAUACGGCCGCCAGAAACUAUGCGGCUUCAGUAACAACAAACCUGCCGCCCGCAGCACGAGCCGCGAUCCUGCAGCAGCCGCUGGAAGCCAUCCAGCUGGUAGAUCCACUCACCAACACCAUCGGCCACCUCGCAAUCAUCGACAUCCUUCUCCGCGGCCCGACUCCUGCGUCUACUCCGCGUGCGUUGAUACUGGACGAGGCUCUGCGGUUCCUCUUACAGUUUGAUCCCGUGCAAAUCAGAUAUGUUGGGCCGCUGUUCAAAUCCCUGCUGGAUGAUGCCAGUAGCUUCUAUACGCCCAAAGUUGCAGUGGAACUGCUUUCAAACGCAAUCCUUCGGAUCGACCCGAGCGGAUCUGUCUUUACAUCAACACAUUUGAACAUGGCGAAGUUGGCCUACGAUGCUAACUGCAUCGAGCCCGCUCUCAGAGUCUUUGAUGCCGAUAUUCUCUACUAUUUGCGACCACCAGCUCCCAUGCGCCUCGAGCUCAACGAUACGGCGCUCCAGCCUCAGAGUUAUAUACCCGCAGCGGGCCUGACAGAUGUUGUCAAGAGCACCUCCGUUCUUGAAUACCACUUUCUCCAAGCCAUGGCGUACAUUUCAAGGAGAGACUGGUCCAAGGCGCAAUCGGCGCUGGAGAGAGUCAUUGGGCAUCCUACCAAAGACAAGGGAGUGAGCAAGAUCAUGACUGAGUGCUACAAGAAGUGGCUUUUGGUAGGGGUGCUGAAGGCUGGAAAGCCCCCCACUCUACCCUCCUACAUUGCCAGCUCGACAAGGUCAAUCUACGCUGGGCUCAGCGAGGCCUACAGCAAUAUCGCGUCAUUAUUCCCCACGGACGCUGCGGCAGCACUCAGGGAAGAAUUCGAGAAACGACGAGCCGUCUGGGAAGAGGACCAGAACAUGAGCCUGCUUGAAGAGGUAUUGGUCUCGUAUCAGAAGUGGCAGAUUAUCAACCUCCGCCGGAUAUACCAGCAAGUCUCCAUUUCUCAUAUCCGGGAGACGACGCUCAGCGCCAUUACAGCCGAGACGCUCACGGACGACGGAGACGUUCUCAUGCUGAUCAGCGAGAUGAUUGAGUCCGGAAUGCUCCAUGGCGAGCUCCAGAUCGGGUCCACGGCUGGCGAAAGCUACCUGACGUUCCACGAAGAGUACAAGUUGAUGACGGAAGCCGAGUUUGCGGCCGAGGUGGCCCGCUGCCAUGCGAGCAUUGAGGCGUUGACGAAACAAUACCGGGCGACAAACGAGCGGUUGGGCACCACAAAGGAGUACGCUAGACACGUGCUUCGUGAGCAGAAGCGGAUGGACAAGGACAAUGCGGAUGCCGGGAUCGGCUUCGACAUGAAUGUGGAGGACGAGGAUCUGAUGACGGGUGUGUUGGGCAGUGUGUAGGAUACCUUGUGUUCCGCCCUUUCUCUCUCUUGACUUUUAGCCAGUGACUAUCACCAGUAUCUUUGAAAAUGGGAAGGACAAGUCACUUGGACGGGGGGCAUGUGCAGCAGUUUAAUCAAGGGACAUGCAAAGGUGAC